AUGAAACGACCGGGAUGUUCAUCGGUCGGGUUUGGAGCAUCAGAAGAACUCGGACCAUUCUUUCCUCAAAACUCGACUCAGCCUAAUCUCAAGCUAAAUCCACACAGCUGGAACAAAGUGGCGAAUUUGUUAUUUUUGGAAUCUCCGGUGGGAGUUGGAUUCUCCUACACUAACACAAGCCGUGAUAUAAGUGAACUCGGGGACACCGUUACAGCGAAAGACUCGUACAACUUCCUGGUCAACUGGUUCAAGAGAUUCCCUCAGUAUAAGUCCCGCGACUUUUAUAUCGCAGGAGAAAGCUAUGCCGGCCAUUACGUUCCUCAACUAUCGGAGGUCAUCUACAACCAAAACAAGAUUGCGUCCAAGAAAGAUUUCAUAAACCUCAAGGGUCUAAUGAUUGGAAACGCGUUGUUAGACGACGAGACAGAUCAGAAGGGGAUGAUAGAUUACGCGUAUGAUCACGCGGUGAUAUCAGACGGUUUGUACGAGAGAGUGAACCAACACUGCGAUUUUAAACAAGAGCAUGUGUCCAAGGAAUGCAAUGGGGCUUUAGAUGAAUAUUUCGAUGUAUACAAGAUCCUUGACAUGUACAGUCUCUACUCUCCAAAAUGUGUCCUUACCACCGGGAACUCCUCCAUUUCUCAGUCCGUCGCCGGAAUCCGCCGCUUUCCUGAUGGCCGAGGCCUCUUUCGGCCCCGUCUCAACUCCCACGAUGAGGGAUGGCGGAGGAUGGCGGCCGGGUACGACCCGUGUGCAUCGGAGUAUACAGAAACGUAUAUGAACAGGAGAGAUGUUCAAGAGGCACUUCAUGCAAAUGUCACCAACAUCCCUUACCCUUGGACUCAUUGCAGCGAUGUUAUCUCGUCUUGGGCUCCCGCUCCCGCUUCCAUGCUUCCUACCUUAAGAACACUUGUUUCAGCCGGAUUACGUGUGUGGGUUUUCAGUGGGGAUACAGACGGAAGAAUUCCGGUGACCGCGACCAGAUACUCAUUAAAGAAGCUUGGUCUUAAAACAGUCCAAGACUGGACACCUUGGUACACCAAGCUACAGGUCGGAGGGUGGACGGUGGAGUACGACGGGCUAACGUUUGUGACGGUGAGAGGAGCGGGACACCAAGUUCCGACAUUCAAACCUAGAGAGGCUCUUCAGCUUGUUCGCCAUUUUCUUGCUAACAAGAAACUUCCUACGUUUCCCUUUUAG